CCGUUACUGUAGCUCCCUUCACAUGCGUUUCAAAAGUUUAGCCAGUUAGCUACACGCUCUGUCCUAGCUACCUUCCUUCCUUUUAGUGUUUAAGUGAUUGUUUUUCACGAUUUUUGAUUCCGCUUUUACUUCUCCUUCGUUGUAACGUAAGGUGAAAUAUCUGCUGUCUGAUUAUUUCAUCUUGUGAAAGAACAAGAAUGGCUGUGUUUGGGGGUUUGUUCAGGACUGGAGUAUCCCUCGGUCAGUCCUCGCUACUGUUAUGCACGAGACAGUUCGCUACAGGAACAUGUUUGUGUGUGCGAAUGCAUGCCAUUCCAAAGCUGAAAAAUGUGGACCGGUGGACAGAGAAGCGGAGUAUGUUCGGUGUGUACGAUAACAUAGGGAUUUUGGGUGACUUUAAAGCCCAUCCCAAAGAUUUGAUCACUGGUCCUGUCUGGCUCCGGGGUUUCCGUGGCCAUGAACUGCAGCGUCUCACCAGGAAAAAGCAAAUGGUGGGUGACCGAAUGAUGCUGCAAGACCGGCACAAUCUGGCGAAGAGAAUCAGCUUCCUGUACCGCCGGUUUAACCGCUACGGCAAACGCAGAUAAAUGCUGGCAGAAGGCACAACCUUUUGCACGCUGCUGUUUCCUUUAGAGUUGAAAAAUAGUAAAUUGUCAACCAUA